AUGGGGGUGAAAAUGUUCGGAGUGUUGCUGGCAUGUGUCUGGCUGGUUGCCGGCUCCCCGUUACAUCCCUGGCCGCUAAUACCGCACAAAGCGAUCACUCAUGGGUCCUACAUCAGACAUUACAGCGCCGCUUGGUACGACACGGCUGCACUGAGGGAACAUCGCGGCAGAAGUCGUCGUGACACUUCGGCUUCCGGGCAUCCGGGGGACGCGACGCUGAAUCUACGUCUUCACGCUCUCGACAGGGUGUUCAAGAUGAGGCUCACAAGGGAUACAAGCUUAUUCCACGAGAACGUCGUUUUCGAGGGGUCGAACGGCCGACAAAUUGCGUUCGAUCCGCUGCACGCCUACAGUGGAACACUCGAGGACGAUGAGAAUUCGUCGGUGCAUGGGAUCGUGACAGAGGAGGGUCUGUUCGAUGGAACAAUCUUCACGGUGUCUGACGAGAUCUACAUCGAACCAGCGAGCAGAUACUCUCCCCUGGUAUGCCAUCGGCAAGAUGGCGAGGAUAAAGACACGACAGACGCCGUGCAUCACCAUACGAUCGCGUAUCGCUCCGCGGACGUGAGCGUUCCCCGUCACAAUGGGUAUCCCUGCGCGAGCGAGCUUUUGCGGGAGAACACGUUAAAUGAAUUAAGGACGAACAGUACGUGGAGUGGAUAUCUCGGGGACACUAUGCGGCCGCUUUAUCAACACCUGAACGAGGUCAAGUCCCACGCGAAGCCGGGAUUCUAUCCGAAAGAUGCGAGGAAGAAGGACCCCAUGGCGAGCUCGCACAAUUUGGAACUGCUCGACAGGUUGUACAGGGAACGUUACUCGAGAGUGUUGCGUAAACGGACAUCCGUGGAUCCGAAGAAGACCACUUGCAUGUUGUACCUGCAAGCGGAUCAUAUGUUCUUCAAUUAUUAUAAGUCCGAGGAGGCCUGUAUAGAAGUAAUGACUCGUCAUGUACAACGUGUCAAUUCCAUCUACAAGUAUACAGAUUUUAAUCAGGAUGGACAACCGGACAACAUCAGCUUCAUGAUUAAACGCGUGAAGGUUCACGGUGAUGGUGCACUGAGUGACCCUAGCUACAGGUUCGUUGGUACUUAUGGGGUGGAGGAGUUCCUUGAAUUAUUUUCCGAGGAGGACUACGACGCGUUCUGUUUGUCGUACAUGUUCACAUACCGCGACUUCGAGAAAGGAACGCUUGGACUGGCGUGGACUGGGGACCUGAAAAAUGCGGGCGGAGUCUGCGAGAAAAACGGGCACUACAGGGGUAGCAUGAAAUCGCUGAACACCGGUAUAAUCACCCUCCUGAAUUACGGCAAACACGUACCACCGACGGUUUCUCACGUCACCAUCGCACACGAGAUCGGUCACAACUUCGGAUCCCCUCACGACCCGGACGAAUGCUCACCCGGAGGGGAGGACGGAAAUUUCAUAAUGUUCGCCAGAGCCACCAGCGGGGACAAACGAAACAACAAUCGCUUCAGCCCGUGCAGCCUGGUCUCCAUAAAUCCCGUUCUAAAUGCCAAAGCUCGCUCGUCCAAAGGAUGCUUCGCUGAGCCCCAAAGCGCGAUCUGCGGGAACGGAGUGGUGGAAGAUGGCGAAGAGUGUGAUUGUGGAUGGGAGGAGGAUUGCAACGACCCUUGUUGCCACCCUCAACGGCUCCAUCAUGCCCUCCACGAGAUACCAUGUCGUCUCACCGAUGGUGCAGUGUGCAGUCCCAGUCAGGGCCCUUGCUGCACAUCCGGCUGCACUCUGCGUAACGGUGAUAAGUGCAGGGACGACAACGGUUGCAGGGACGCGAGCUUUUGCGACGGACGUGGUCCCCAGUGCCCGGCAUCUAUCAACAAACCUAACAAGACCAUAUGCAACGAAGAGUUCGUCUGUUACAUGGGGGAAUGCACAGGCAGCAUUUGCCUAGCUUACGGCUUGGAAUCCUGUCAGUGCAUCGCCGGGCCCAAGGAUCCACCGACCAAGAGCUGCGAACUCUGCUGUAAAUUGCCGGGAGAAGAUCAACCCUGCUUAUCAUCGUUCGCAUGGAAUUCAGCGCCUUACGAUAUUCCUGACAUGCUGUCGAAGCCAGGCACGCCGUGCAACGAUUACAAUGGCUAUUGCGACGUCUUCCAAAGAUGUCGAGAGGUGGAUCCAAGUGGACCAUUGGCAACUUUAAGAAGGUUUUUGCUGUCCGAUGCCAGUCUAGCGAAUUUCCAACGUUGGUUGGUCGAUCGUUGGUACAUCGUCGGGAUAAUUAUCUUCGUUUUACUGUUGAUCGUGGCGUUCGUGACGCGUUUGCUGAAGAAACGGCGGUACAUCAGCCGCAUGAAGAUCCUGUCCACAACGGAGGGUCAGCCCCGAGGAGCAAGCUCGCAGAUGUCGAACACAGUGGACGAGGCGGCGAGGGAGCGCUCGUCCGUGCGGAAGAUACAAUCUAUGGACAUUUCAUGGUUGAAACGUAGGAUCGUUGAAGCGAUGAAGAGUAUCGCGUCUCCUCCGCGCAAGAAAGAAUCUUCCCCAGAAGGAAACACGUUUCUCGCGCGAAUUUCUCGAUUCCUCAGCAGAGAUUCAUCCUCUUCCAGUCGCCGUGAACGUUCCUCGAACGAGAUCGAACAACUGUGCAGAAACAACGAGGAACGAACGAAACUGGAAACGAAAGAGAACAUGAUGAGGGAAAAGAUUGACGAUGAAAAAGGCGUCCUCGUUGUCAGACAGAAAGGAACCGACGGUUGGAGACGUAUCUCGUUACUGUUCGUCGGAAAUCGUGGUGCAAGUUCCUCUCCGACACGAAGAAAACCGAGCAACGGCGAAUUCACGCGUGGACCGUCAUGGAGGAAUAGUGUACAGGUGGAGAAACUGUGCACCGGAUCUAAAAUCGUAAACCCUUGUAGAAGGGUGGACAUGUAUCAAACGGAGCCUCUGGUGGUGCCUGAUACACCAGAUACACCUGGAGAUGCGUCAGAAACGAGGAGUCAAACGUCGUCUGAUUUAACCGUGUUGCUCUCUGACAGUUAG